AUGACCAGCCCCGCGCCCUUAGUGGCCUCCAUUAGCCAUCAAAUGGUGGCUCUGCAGACCCUGCAGUUGGUGCAGCAGGAAUGGGGAUGGGGGGAUGGUCCGGGCGCUCCCGGGGGCCUGAGCGACCCGGAUCAUUUGCCCAAUGCCCCAAAGCGACGCUCAGGCCCUUGGCGGGCCCAGCCAGGGCACUGGCGCGAGGAGGGGGGCGUGAGUAGGGGCGCCUGGAAUGGUGGAGCCGAGGCAGCUGCAAGCUACCGGGAAGUGGAGGUGGUGCGAGGCGCGGAGGGUGGCGCGGAUCUGCUGCCCUUCCCCCGGGGCCGUGGACCCUGCACCCUGGCCCGGAUGGCGAUGCGCAGCGCGCUGGCCCGCGUGGUGGACUCGACCUCCGAGCUGGUCACUGUGGAGCAGACGCUGCUGGGUCCCCUCCAGCAGGAGCGGUCCUUCCCCAUCCACCUAAAGGAUAGUGUUGAAUUUAGAAACAUCUGCAGUCAUUUGGCUCUACAAAUCGAAGGACAGCAGUUUGACAGAGAUUUGAAUGCUGCCCACCAGUGUUUGAAGACAAUAGUCAAGAAGCUGAUUCAGUCACUUGCUAAUCUUCCUUCGGAUGCCCAUGUGGUAGCCUGUGCUUCCUUGAGACAAAUUUUACAGAAUCUCCCAGAUGUAUGAGUUUAAGUACACUGGAAUUAAGACCACAGCUAGCAUUUCUAAGAGAACUGGUAUUUUACCUUCCUAACUGAACCUGGUUUGUAUUCCUAGCAAGGAGAGACUUGCUCGCAUGUAGAGCUAUCUCACCAGUACCAUUUAUAUCCUUCAUAAUAUAGCAUGUUGGUGACUGAUUUUUAAGCAGUAGUUCACAUUUUUGAGAAUGUUGAUACACUGCUGACUUUUUGACUGAAACAUAUUCUACUUUGUGGAACUGAAUGGAAAAAGAAAAUAUAUAUGUACUUCAUGUUAUCAUUUUGAUCAAAUAUCACCUUAAUCUAAAUAAUGUGGGUCUAUGAGAUUUAAUAUGAUUAUAUGUUAAAGCUUCAUGAUUCUUAAAUUGACUAAAUGGGAUAUUUCAUAAUCGAUGCAUUAUAUUUA